UGGGAUGCUCCAGAACUUCCAACUGUCCCGGAACACUCUAGAACCUCCAGGCAAAGAGCUGUAACCAGGGUCACAGAGCAUUCCAAGGCCUUCCCAGCCUAGGUGGGGCCAGCACCCCUCUGGUUCUCCUCCGUGGGCCCCAUGUGGAUGCUGGUCCUGGGUGGGAUUUUCCUGGCGGCUGCCGAGGCCUGCAUCUUCUGCCGCCUCCCAGACCACGGCUUGUCAGGCCGCCUGCAUCAGCUUUGCAGCCAGAUGGAGGCCCAGUGGAAGGACUGUGAGGCCUCCUGGAACUUUCCGGCCUUUGCCUUAGAUGACACGUCCAUGAACAAAGUCACGGAGAAGACCCACAGAGUCCUGAGGGUCGUGGAGAUCAAAGGGUCUCUCUCCCCACUCCCUGCAUAUUGGCAGUGGCUUCAAAAGACCAAGCUUCCGGAGUACAACAGGGAAGCUCUCUGCGCUCCCGCCUGUCGGGGCAGCACCAUCCUGUACAACUGCUCCACUUGCGAGGGCUUCGAGGUGCACUGCUGGCCCCGAAAGCGCUGCUUCCCAGGAAGUCACGAUCUUUGGGAAGCCAGGAUUCUGCUCCUCUCUGUCUCGGGAACCGUCCUGCUUCUGGGGUUUCUGAGCCUCUCAGUGGAGUACAGACACUUCCAAGCAAAAAGUGAGCUGUGAAGACGGGGACAGACCCUAGCCUCUGGUUCUAAGGCACAUGUGCCCACAGAGUCCACGUGUCUCGUGGGGAAGAAACAGCUAGCCCCUUAGUUCCAGCCCCAGCGGUUCAGUCUUCCAGACCGAUACCCGGACGCCCCCAUGAUCCCAGCUUCAGAUGGCCUCCAGGGACCCAGGCACCCACAGCUGGAAAGUUCCUCGCCUCCAGCCCUCAACCAAUCGCACAGGGGCAGUGCCCGUGCCAGGAAAAUAUCUACAGAAGGAAAGAAUCCCCUCCGUGCACACCACCACUCCCACACCCCCUUCUGCCCGUUCCCGGAAAGCGGGGGCUGUCUGCCCCAGAAGCUUCUCUUGGCCCUCCUGUGACUGAUUGGGAAUCCGGGAAUGAGUGUUCUGGAAAACUCCCUUCCCCUAGCGUGAGACCACAUCAGUCCGCCUGCUGGCAUGCUACCCUGCCAUUUAACAUUGUGAAGCCUUGGCCUCCCACGGAGGCCUCCCUCCUGCCAGGCCCAACUAAAUCUGCUGUCAAAUGGCCUCCACUGCUGCCUGGCCUCUAUCUGCAACUGGGGAGGGCGCAGAGGGCGGGCGGGGGGGGGGGGCGCUCACGGAGCACACUGGUUCCCCAGUGGGGGGGAUUUUGCACCAAGGCCACAUUCGGGAAC